AUGUACUUCCAGAGGCUCAUUUUCCUUUGCACUUUCGUCAAAUUGGUCCACGGGGCAGCACAAAACUCUCAUCCCGCCGACCAUCACCAAUGGAUCGCUCCUACCAAAUCCGAUGUCCGCUCCCCAUGCCCGGGGCUGAACACCCUCGCAAACCAUGGCUAUCUUCCGCGCAAUGGCAAAGGAAUCACCGUUCCCAUGAUUUUGGAUGCAGCACUUCCGGCCAAGUUCAGUUUGCUGAGCGGAGAUGCGCCUACGGCGCUAGAUCUGGACGCGUUGGCGCUCCAUAACCUCGUUGAACACGACGCCUCCAUCUCGCGUGCCGACUUUGGACUGGGGGAUAACCUCCGUUUCAACGAGACGCUCUUCAAGACCCUCGCCAAUUCUAAUCCUGGCGUCAACUAUUACAACGCCAGUUCUGCCGGUCUAGUCAUGAAAGAACGACUCGAUAUGUCCAUCAAGACGAACCCGAACAUCACAAACACGCCAAAGGAGUUCGCCGUCCGCAUUCGGGAGUCGGCCUUCUAUCUCAGUGUAAUGGGGAAUGUCUCAACUGGCGUUGCACCAAAACAGUUUGUGCAGAUAUUCUUUCGUGAAGAGCGUCUUCCGAUUCAGGAGGGCUGGCGCCGCUCAAAGCGCUUGAUCACCGCCGAGAGUAUGGAUGACAUGUCCAACGUUAUUGCCCAGGCUGCCAACUGGACUGCGACUCAGAGUUGUGAGGAUCUAAUACUGGGCCCGAACUUGGUCAUCUAG